AUGGUAGCUCUCAAGGGAAAUGCAUUGUUUGGAACAAAUUCUGUAACUGGCGAGCAGAGGGGCUUUAUAUCAGCUACAUCUGUUACAGAAUUGACUCGUGGGUCAUCAUUAAAGGAGGAGUUGGAUACAGACAAACUGUUGUUACUUGCAAGGUCAUUUGAAGUUGAUGCUGAUAAAACUGCAACAUUAGAAAGCAUUCUCAACCUUCUUCAGGAAACAGCAUUGAACCACGUAUUGGUAUCUGGACUGCUAGGUGAUGGUUUUGGUGCAACGCAUGGCAUGGUAAGCAAUAACCUCGCAAGGGUUGUAACAAGGAUGCAAGUUCGAGUUGAUGAAUAUCCGUGGAUGCUUGAGAAGCUUAAUGGUUUUUGUAGGGGUGAAGUAAUGGAGGUUGACACAUGGAUAGGGGCAUCAGGUAAAAAUGAAAACAGGCGAGACUGGCUUAUCAGAAGUGAUGCCACCGGAGAAGUCUUAACUCGGGCUACAAGAACUUGGGCGAUGAUGAACCAACAAACUAGACGACUAUCAAAGAUGCCAGAAGCAGUCAGAGCGGAGAUUUCACCUGGGUUUAUAGAAAAGAAAACUUUUCAAGAAGAAAUUCCUGAAAAGAUCAACAAGCUAAACACGAAUGCCAAAUUUACAAACAGCAACUUGAAGACCAUCCCUCGCAAGUUUUUGGAGAACUACCAGCUAACCAGGAUAGCUUUCGAGUGUAGAAGAGAAUGUGGCAGUUGUUCAGACGUGGUUCAAUCACUAUGUGAACCUGAAGAAGAGUGGUCUGAAGAAAGACAUCAAGGCAGUAAUAACGUUGACAAUGGAGAUUCACUAGCAUCAGUUUUGUUUCAGGACUCAAAGCGCGAGGCUAUAUGUAGUAGCAACUACCAACACAGCAACAUUCUUGCAGACAAGAGUGUUGAGACUUCUACUACAGCCUCAAGAGCAAUCAAGUAUAGGAUAUAG